CUGGUAUUUGUUUCAUGCGCAUGGAGGUGGAUGCAUCUUCUGUUCGACUGUGUGCUACCUCUUCGUGAUGGCGUUCUGUCGACAUCUCUGUGGUUAUCAUUGCUGAUUGGUAUGGUGAUGGAUGAAGAAGUCUACCGAGGCGAUCAGUGAAAAUAACUGUUUGCGGUGUUUGGUUAACCGCAGUAAAAGGUUAUUUUUACUGAUCGAUAAAACACUUUCAGUAAAAUUAACUGUUUGCGGUGUUUGGUUGACCGCAGUAAAAGGUUCACCGCAGUAAAAGGUUACACCAAACACUUUCGGUAAAAAUAACUGUUGGUGGAUGAAAGUGUCGAAAGGUUUGUGGAGUGAAAGGUGGAGCCACAGGGCACUGGAGGCAGAUGACAGUCUUUUGGCUGCAUCAGCGCUUCAGUCUGAGAAUCGAUUUGCCGUCUUUGCUGUUAAUACGAGACUCUGUCUGAUCGCCGCCGGUGUUGUCGUGACGAGUACUGGAUCGUACUCGAGUCUGGACAGUUGUAGGACGACAAUCAUGACCAAAUCAAGAAGUGAUCUGGCCUCUGGGUGAUUGUUAAUGAUGAUGAGAAGACGACGCCGACGGAUCCACGAAGACUCGAAGAGCUUGUUGCGAGCGUGUGACUUGUGACUGAUUGGCGACGAACAGAUCCACGCAGUGCCGGUUUUUCUCCUCCGAUGCAUCUGUGCCAACCUUCAGCGAAGCGAAGGUUGGCGUAGUUGUGCUUUCAGCGGAAGGGAAGGGAGGGAAGGAAGGUUGGCGGCGCAGAUGCAUCGAAUUCUAUUCUCUAGGUUUGUGCAGGUGCGUCGAAUUCGGUUAUAUUGCCUCUCCCUCUCUCCUUUGCGGCAUGACUGCGCAACGUGAACAAGGCAAUAGAAUAAAACAAGGACAUCUGGGAUGUACCUGACCGCUUUCGCAGCCAGAUUCUGUGAAGAGGGAUAAAAUUUAUAUCAUUACGAUUGCUUGCCUGGACGGCAAUAGAAUAAAACAAGGGCAUUUGCGAUGUACCUGAUCACUAUCGCGGCAAGAUUCAGAAUCUGUCCAAGGAGGCAUUACAGUCUUCGAGUAUGCACCCCUAAAUCUGACUCAGUCGGACAUAGCUCAUUUCUGACGCUGGGUUAACUCAUUUCUGGUCGGCCCUGGUUUGCAGAGAUCGAUGGAUGAUGUACCUGACCACUAUCGCGGCAAGAUUCUUUCCAAGAGAUGAACUCAUUUCUGCCCCUGGAGAAUUUCGGCAAGUGGCAGUGGGCCCCGGCCCUGACUGCUCUGCGCUGAGAGGAGCGCGAUCGUUCUAUGUAUUAUUUGAAUGAUUUUUUUCUCAAGGUUCGGAGGGGGGUGCGGACCUUGAGCAAAACCUUAUUCGAAUUGUCUACAUUGUCAAAUGACUGCUGACGACGGAGACGGACGGCUGGUCGGCCCAAGUCUGAUCCAAGACGGAGAAAUGCAGACCUGUUGUAGAGAAGGAUGCGACUGAAGCAAAGGGCAGUCUCUGAUGAAUGCAGCUGCAUGCAGAUGACGUCCGGGAAGGCCGACUUCUGCCUUACUCUGGGAGUCGGGAGCGUCUGGAGAGAGAGGGGGUUGCUGGUACAGUGCUGCUAGGUGUGGAGAAGCAUUUGGAAGAGAGGAGGGGAGGGGAGGGGAGGGGAUCGAGGGAUGGGCUGGAGGGGAGGUAGGGAGGGGGGAGGGGGGGGAUUAGCCAUGUAUGCGCUUGGGCUGAUGAUGAGGAAGGAAGAUGGUGGUGCUGGAGGCUGACAGUGUGUGCUUCACAGAGACGGCGGCGAAUUGCGUUUUCUCGACUUUUCCGGGUUUUCUGAGUUUUCUCGAAAUCUGUGAAGCAUGGCAGGGGGCUGCCUUUGGUCUAGGCUUCCUCCCUUGUUAUUUGCAGUGUGUGUUUCAUAGUGUGAUAUGUGGGCGAGGGGAGGAGGGAUAUGCUCCUGUCCUCUCUCUUAAGCGUGUACGCCGAGAAGCCCCUCGUCCAUUUUUGAUUUGAUGGUUUUCUUUUUUUCUUUCCUGGUUAACCCUCUUUUGGUCUUUCCCUGGAGAUGUUCUUUGUAUCUCUACAGGACUACAGUGCAGUAGGAACUGUGAAUAAUUACAGUCUGCUUUGGGCUCUCCCCCUCCCCCUCCCCCUCCCCCUCGUCUUAGAACACUUGACGGUUCGAUUGAGAGUUGUGUAUACACAUCAGGUAGCUUUUUCAGAUGCUGCCUUCGGAUGCCAGCGUUGCCCUCUUUCCAGUUUCAGAACCACCAAUUAGACCUUAGUCAUUGCACUACGAAUU